UACGCACUCCACUGAGCUCGAUCGUCACGACUUUCGCGAGUAGACACCCAAAAAAUUUCAAAUUAGUAUAUGGCUAGCGUUUGUGAGAAACAAACUAAUAUUUAUUAACGGAAAAACUGGCGUCAGCUCAUAUACGAUUUACGUAAAACAAAUGCGCAAACUAUAGACAGGCAAACAAAUCGCGUAAAAAUUACAAAACAAAAAUUAUUUUUUAGAAGCAAAGUUGUUAUAAAAAUCAGUUCAGAAUGACCGUCGAUGAAAAGGAAUGUGUGAAGGUAGUAAUCAAAGGUGAACCCAUUCUUAAAUCAGUCGAGCUAAAGAAUAUUGGCUUUCUCGAGCCGCAACCGGUGAUCGUCAAUUGUCCUGCCUGCGAAGCUGAAGCACUAAGCACAGUGCGUAUGGAGGCGGUUACAUGUAUGCAACGGUUUCUCAACGCAACAAAGUUGUGUAAAAAUUGGCAGCGUCGCACCGACAUCAAUCACUAUUGCAGCAAAUGUGGCUGCUAUAUCGGCCGUUAUGUGCCGAUAAAUUGCAGUGAACGUUGCAUAUCGCGCAGAGCUCGAAAAAUGGCCGCAAACGACAGUAUGUCACUGAAGACACGACCGCAGGAUUGUGCCGAGAAAGUGCAGAAGACUCGCGAGAAAGUGAAAGCAAAGCGCGCUGCAGCAAAAGCAGAGAAAGAGGCAGCGGAAUCGCAGGUGACCACAGAAAUGCCGGAGGAUGCAAAGUGACGAAAGAAAGAGAAAGAGAGAGAGAAAAAAAGAGGGAGAGAAAGACAGAGUAAUAAG